AUGCCCGCUUCGCAGAUCCCAAACUUGCUCGAUUCGCUGCGGUCUGGACGCGGUGGGACGCGGGGCCGCGGACGCGGCUCCAGGAGAGGAUCGGGCGGCAGCCGUGAGGGCCAAGACAGGAUUGUGCAGCAGACAGACUGCGAUGCUCUGGGCUCCCGUCUGAGCGCCGUGGAAAUGGGCUAUCUCAUCGACCCGUUCAUCAAAAACUUUGUGGAAAGCCCCAUCGACCAGCGGAGUCCAGAGAUCAACCUAGGCACAUACGUUCGCACUACGGCCAUUGACAGGCUCGUGGACAAAUUCCUGGCCACCGAUCCAGACCAGCCCAAGCAAAUCGUCUCCCUUGGCGCUGGCAGCGACACUCGUUUCUUCCGCAUUCUUUCGACUCGCCAAUCAAUUCCUCUGGUCUACCACGAGAUCGAUUUCCCAGUCAAUGCGAGACAAAAAGUCGCAGCAAUCAAGCGCAGCCCCGUCCUUUCCUCCGUCAUCACCUCCAAACUCGCCAACCCAAAUGAGCUCUCGUACUCUGAAGACCUGAGGGGUCUGAAAUCGCCCAUCUACAACAUCCACCCUCUUGACCUCCGCUCUCUCGUCUCGAGCCCUACUCCCUCCGACUCCGAACCCCCGCUGCCGACUCUCCCCAACCUAUCCCCAACCACUCCGACUCUGAUUCUCUCCGAAUGCUGUCUCAUCUAUCUCUCUCCGGACGAUGCCGACAGCGUUCUUGAUACCAUAACAACAAAGCUCAUCCCCGCGCCGACCCCAAUGUCCAUCAUCCUUUACGAGCCUUUUAGGCCGUACGAUUCAUUUGGUAAAGUCAUGAUUUCGAAUCUCGGAAGACGCGGGAUAGUAUUGCAAACACUGAAGAAGUACUCGACACUCAUGCGCCAGCGCGAACGCUUGAACCGUUUCAGUCUCGCCGACUGUCAAGCUGCUGUGGAUUGCCAGUUUGUUUGGGACAGAUGGAUUGGCGAAGAAGAAAAAAAGGCUCUCUGGUCAGGGGCCAAGGAAGGUCCCCUGGAUGGCUGGGAAGAGUGGUUUAUCCUGGUGGCACACUACUGCGUGGCUUGGGGAUAUCGCGACGGUGAGGGCGAUUUGUUCAAGACAGCUUGGUCCGACUUUCCAAUUCAGGAUCCGGCGUCAGUUGUGGAGAAAACGGAAUGA